AUGAGAAUAAGUUCUACUUGUCCAACUUCUGUAGGGGUGCAGGCUGAAUUAUAUAAAGCUGAUUCUGAUUUGAAUUACUUGUCUAGAAAAGUAGAAUUUGAGUUGGAGAAUUCCAGUACCAAUGGACAGACUCCAAACCCAGUGAAAAUGUUGGAAAAAAUUUCAAAUAUUAAAAAAGAAUUUUCAUCAAUAUCUCAGGAUGCCUUAGAAAUACAGAAAACACAAAAAGAAGCUAUGGACUAUUUUAGAAGUCAGUUAUUAUCAGCAUGUCAAAUGGUACAGAAACUCUCAGACCAAACUGGGGUGGAGGGAUCAGAACCACCACCAGACUUGUCAGAGUUAUCCAGUCUUUUAAAUUUUGAUAUAGAUCAGGUUAACCAGACCUCAGAUAAUGUGGCAGGUCAGAAUCAAGAGCAGGCGUGUAGUUCAAACAGCAGCAAGGCAGCCCCUCCAGAAGAGUUAAGUGCGAGUGAAUUACGAAGCCAAUCUAAAGAGUUUGUUGAGGUCAGUGAUGAUGAAUUUCAGUCAGUAUCUGAGUUGGUUCGAGGUCGAGUGAAACUAGCUGAUGUUAAUUCUGUAUAUCAAGUUUUGUGGAGAUAUUUUAAAGAAGAGAAAAAUAAAAAACCAUUAAAACUAAGCGAUCUGCAUAAAAUGGGAUGUAAAGUUAGUGGAGCCACAGGAGAAGCCAAGUUGAAGGUAUUGAGGUCAUUAAAAAUAGUUCAGUUAACAAAGGGUGAAGUAGCCUUGACUUGAAAUUUUAUUAUUAGUGAUAAGUUUUAUUCCAAAUGAAUUGUAUCAAGAGAUUUGUGUAUCUCACUAU